GAGAGAAAUGUGGUCGUAUGUCAAUACUAGUUGUUUCCCCCUACAUAGUGCACUUCAGUGCGUAUACAACACUUAGUCUGUGCGCCCUACAGAGUGCACUUACACAUACAGUAGUGAUGUGUUGGGACACUGACGGUGAAUCGGUAAUCUGCUGUCGGCUACACAAUCCUGUUAUAUGUUCAGUGCUGUACAAUAAACAUUAUAAAGAGAAUAAAAUGCAGUCGGAAGACGCGCAGUAUCUGAAACGGAGAGUGAAGCUGGGGAAUAUUGACGUUCACCCCACAGAGAAGGCCCUGGUGGUGCACUAUGAGGUGGAGGCUUGCGUCCUGGGAGAAAACGGAGACUCCGUACACGAGGAGCAUAAAGACUGUCAGAAGAUCAUACGACUGAAGAGUCUCAGCGCCAGCACAGACGUCUCGUCUCUCGCCAGGAAGGUGGUGGACGAAUGCAAACUCAUUCCUCCGUCCAAAGUGACUGAGGUGGAACAUCUGCUCUUCUACCUGCAGAACCGCAAGCAGCCCAGCAGUAAAGAAGCAGAGAAGGAGGAGAAGAAGCUGGUGAAACCUCGAGAGCUCACUCCCUUUGAGGGGAUGGAGCUCGACGAGGAGGCCAACAUUAAUAAGAUCGACGAGUACCUCGACCUGCUGUAUGAAGGCAUCCCAGAGAAGAUUAGAGGCACCACCCUCAUCCUUCACCUCGCACGAAAUCCCGACAACCUGGAGGAGCUUCUGCAGAACGAAACUGUCAUCGUGGCUCUAGCGAGAAUGUUAAAAGACGAAUGGAAGCAGAGCAUCGAGUUGACCACAACCAUCAUUUACGUCUUCUUCUGUUUCUCCAGCUUCUCCCAGUUCCAUGGUUUGAUCACGUACUAUAAGAUCGGAGGUUUGUGCAUGAACAUCGUGGAACACGAGCUGAAGAGAUACAAGCUGUGGCAGGAGGAGCUGGAGAAGAAGAACAAAGCCUGUGAAGAAGAUGCUGAUAACCAGAGCCUGAAGAAAGACUGUGAGAAAGCCUAUAAGAAAUACCAGAGUCUGCUGGUGAAGCAGGAGCAGCUGCUGAGAGUGGCUCUGUACCUGCUCCUGAACCUGGCCGAGGAUACGCGCACAGAGCUGAAGAUGAGGAACAAGAACAUCGUGCAGCUGCUGGUCAAGACUCUGGAUCGGGAUAACGAGGAGCUCCUGGUGCUCGUCGUCUCCUUCCUGAAGAAGCUCAGCAUCUUCCUGGAGAACAAGAACGACAUGGCGGAGAUGGACACCAUCGAGAAGCUCUGCCGCUUGGUGCCAUGCGAUCACGACGACCUGCUGAACGUCACGCUGCGCCUCCUGCUCAACCUCUCCUUCGACACGGGACUCAGAAACAAGAUGGUGCAGGUCGGCCUCCUGCCUAAACUCACUGCCAUGCUGAGCAGUGAGACUCAUAAGCAGCUAGUGAUGUGUAUCCUGUACCACAUCAGCAUGGAUGACAACUCCAAAUCCAUGUUCGCUCACACUGACUGCAUCCCUCAGCUGAUGAAGAUGCUGUUUGAAAGAAGAGACGAGAGAAUCGACCCCGAGCUCAUCUCCUUCUGCAUCAACCUGGCGGCUAACAAGGAGAACGCUCAGAUCAUCUGUGAAGGAAACGGUUUGAAGAUGCUGAUGAAGAAAGCGCUGAAGUUUAAAGACCCGCUGCUUAUGAAGAUGAUCAGAAACAUCUCACAACACGAUGACCCACUAAAGCAGCUUUUCCUGGACUAUGUGGGUGAUUUGGCGGCUCAGAUCAGGCCUGAAGAAGACGAAGAGUUUGUGAUCGAGUGUUUAGGGACGUUGGCGAACCUCACCAUCCAUGACCUGGAUUGGGAGCUGCUACUCCGCGAAUAUAACCUUGUCCCCUACCUCAAAGAGCGGCUCAAACCUGGCUCAGCAGAGGACGACUUGAUCCUGGAGGUGGUUAUACUGAUUGGCACUGUGUCCAUGGACGACUCCUGUGCUGCCAUGUUGGCCAAAUCUGGCAUCAUUCCCGCUCUUAUAGAGCUUCUUAACGCCCAGCAGGAAGACGACGAGUUUGUAUGCCAGAUUGUCUAUGUUUUCUAUCAGAUGGUUUUCCACCAGGCCACCAGAGAUGUCAUUAUUAAAGACACCCAGGCUCCGGCGUACCUCAUCGACCUCAUGCACGACAAAAACGCAGAGAUCAGGAAAGUGUGUGACAACACGCUGGAUAUCAUAGCAGAGUAUGAUGAACAGUGGGGUUGUAAGAUCCAGUGUGAGAAAUUCCGCUGGUUUAACUCUCAGUGGUUGGAGAUGGUGGAGAGCCGAGAAACAGAAACAGAGCCGUACCUCUAUGGAGACACUGAGACACUGGAUCCCCCGGACCUGUUCUACAGCACGGAUGGGAUGCCUCCUGAUGCAGCUCUGAGUCCGGACCCUUACGCUCAGUAUGGAGACUUUAGCACAUGCAACGGAUCGGAUGGCCGCCCUGCCACCGCGUACGGGUUUCGCCCAGACGAGCCGUUCUACCACCGAGUCUCCAGCUAGAGGAAAACGAUCAUCUCUCAUACCUACAGUCCAUUUCCACACCACGCUGAGUCCAGAAUGAGAUGUCCACCUUAUUAAAAACCCCAGAUCGCUUAUGUAUUCAGAGAUUUGGAGAUAAACGCAAUCCUGUAACUCCUCCAUAAACAGUGAGAUACAGAUUAUGAGAAGUCCAGAUGUCGUUAUCAUAGAUUAAGAUAUAAACAUCCAGAUUAUGAGAAACCCAGAUUAAAAUAUUCAGAUUAACAGGAGGUCAGGCGACAUUUCGGAUCUGAUUAACUUCCAGGUUACGAGAAGUACAAAUUAGUCCUGAUCAAAGUACUUAUAAUAUGAGAUCUAAAAAAAAUACAUUUAGGAUUUACAGAUUAUGAAAAGACCAGUUUAAGGUCUGGAUUAUAAAUCAUCCGAAUGAGGCGAUAUACAGAUUAGGAUAAGCAGAGACGAGAUCAUUCAUUCAUCCAGUUCCGUCUUCAUCCUGCUUUUCCUGGUGAGUUCCACAGCCUAGAGACCAGAUUAAGAUAUUCAUAUUAACAGGAGUCCAGAUUUCGAUGAAACGACAUCCAGGUAAAGAGGGGAAUGAGGGGAAUUAGAAAGGAAUACAUCCAGAUUAGAAUGAGGUCCAGAUUAUAACAUUCAGGAUUAAGUAGAUCAAAUUUCUCUUUCAUUUCUGGAAGUUUCUUUGGGUGUUAUUGAGCGUCACCGAUACGGAUUCUGAGUUUUGCUCACGUUAACCCGGUCGAUCGUUUUUUCAGUGGUAUUUUAGGAUACUUAUAUUAUGUAUACAAUUUCACUUUAGUCACUUUAAUUGAUCAUUAGUUUGAACUGACUGCACUUUAAUUUUUUAUAGCAUCAAUACCACUGGAACUGUUUAUUCAGUCUAGAGUAUUUAACGUCUUUACGUUCAUCUCGCCAAAAUCGAGCAUAUUAAACAUUAAUACAUUGUAAAAAGACUUAGUCACGAAAUAAAACACUCUCUUUAUCUUAACGAUGACACAGAAAACAAGCUAAUGGACUGUUAUGUGGUUUGAAACACUAGCUAGCUAGAUAAUUAGUUUAUAUAAUGUUAAUGUAACCUUACUGAUGUUACACUGAUAGGCAAGUUCACGAACAACCGAGAUAACAUUGUGGGAAAUGUAAAAAAAAAAUGCCGAUAUGAUAUAAUUAUGAUAUAAUUCGGAUGAAAAGUCUUAGCAAAUAUUUGCUCAUUAGCCUGUUGUAUUAGCCUAGCAUGUACAUGUACACUACAGUGACUGACGGCAUGAGCCAUGUGGAUACACCACCUUCCUUUGUAGCAGCAAAUCAGACAUUAUGUUGGUCUUCCACUCUUUGUACUGAUAACGUCAAGUAAAUCUUUUCAUGCUUAUUUAUUCCAUUUCACUCUGUCACGGAAAUGUUAGUGCUUUAAACGUAGCUAUCACUUUCUCUAUUUUUUUUAUACAACUUUUCCUUUAUCUACACUUGAAUCACAACCUGUAUUGUAGUCAGAUGUUUUUAAUUUAAGACGUUAACCUCCGACAGCACGACGAUAUAAACACGUUCCGACUGUAACAUAAAGAAUAUAUAAAGUCUCCCUGCAAUGCGAAAGGAAACGUGUGAAAGUUAAAUGUGAAUAAAUCUGUUCAACUGAA